AUGGCAAGGAGGUUUUGCUCAUUUGCAACAAUGCUUUGGACGAGGCCUGCUUGUGUUCUCUCACUGGUCUUGUUUUCUGUCCACAUCGCAGCUGUAUCGAUUAAGCAUCUUUCGAAUGGACAUGACCAUGAUAUAGGGGGUGGCAAACAGAAGGACAUUCCAGAAAUCAACUUAGAUGCAGGCCUGAACCUCUUUCAAGGAGACAUCCUUCUGCCAGCAACCAGAAAUGCCCUGAGAGAUCCAACAAGCAGAUGGAAGUUCCCCAUUCCAUACAUUCUGGCUGACAAUCUUGAUCUGAAUGCCAAAGGAGCCAUUCUCAAAGCCUUCGAGAUGUUCCGCCUAAAGUCUUGUGUGGAUUUCAAGCCCUAUGAAGGGGAGAGCUCAUACAUCAUCUUCCAGCAAUUCUCUGGGUGCUGGUCUAUGGUUGGUGAUCAACACGUGGGACAGAACCUUUCCAUUGGCCAGGGCUGUGACUAUAAGGCCAUCAUUGAACAUGAGAUCCUGCAUGCUCUAGGAUUUUACCAUGAGCAGUCAAGGACUGACCGGGAUGACUAUGUGACCAUCUGGUGGGAUGAAAUUAUUCCAGACUACAAACACAACUUCGACACUUACGAUGACAAAAGCAUCACGGACCUCAACACGCCCUAUGAUUACGAGUCCGUGAUGCACUACGAACCGUUCUCCUUUAACAAGAAUGAACUCGUCCCUACCAUCACCACCAAGAUCCCCGAGUUCAACGGCGUCAUUGGGCAGCGCCUGGAUUUCAGUGCCCUUGACUUAGAGAGACUGAAUCGGAUGUACAACUGCACCACAACGCAUACCCUGUUGGACCACUGUGCCUUUGAGAAGACCAACAUCUGUGGAAUGAUCCAGGGGACCAUAGAUGAUGCUGACUGGGUUCGCAAAGACAGCAGUCAGCCCGGACAAGUGGAUCACACCUUGCUGGGACAGUGCAAAGGUGCCGGCUACUUCAUGUACUUCAGCACCAGCUCGGGGGUCACAGGAGAGGCAGCGCUUCUGGAGUCUCGGAUCCUUUACCCCAAGAGGAAGCAGCAGUGCUUGCAGUUUUUUUAUAAGAUGACAGGAAGCCCUGCAGACAGGCUCGUCAUCUGGGUGAGACAGGAUGACAACACGGGCAUUGUGCGCAAGCUGGUCAAGAUACAGACCUUUCAAGGAGACUCUGAUCACAACUGGAAAAUUGCCCACGUGACACUCAGAGAAGAAAAGAAAUUUCGCUAUGUUUUCCAGGGCGCCAAGGGUGACCCUGGUAACUCAGACGGCGGUAUUUACCUUGACGACAUCACUCUGACGGAAACCCCCUGCCCUGUGGGGGUUUGGACCAUCAGGAAUAUCUCCCAGGCCCUUGCAAACGUAGUGAAAGGAGACACGCUCCAGAGCCCUCAGUUCUACAGUUCUGAGGGCUACUGUGUGGGAGUGACCUUGUACCCCAAUGGUAGGGUCACCAGUAACCCUGGUUACCUGGGACUGAGUUUUCACUUGUGCAGUGGGGAGAACGAUAUGAUCCUGGAGUGGCCCGUGGAAAACAGACAGGCCAUCAUGACCAUACUGGACCAGGAACCCGAUCCCAGGAAGAGGAUGUCCUUAAGCUUAAUGUUCACUACCUCCAAGUACCAGACAUCUUCAGCUAUAAAUGGCUCUGUCAUCUGGGACAGGCCAUCCAAGGUGGGAUUCUAUGACAAGGACUGUGACUGUUUUAGAAGCCUUGACUGGGGCUGGGGCCAGGCCAUCUCCCACCAGCUACUGAUGAGGAGAAGUUUCCUGAAAGAUGACACUCUCAUCAUCUUUGUGGACUUUGAAGACAUCACCCACCUGAGGCAGACGGAAGUUCCCACUCCAGCCAAAACUGUGAUCCCCCGAGGGCACCUUCUUCAAGGUCAGGAGCCUCCUGCCUUGGGAGAAAGCUCUGGAAAAGCCAUGUUGGAGGAAACCCUGCCGAGCAGCCUGGACCAAAGACAGCCCAGCAGACAGAAGCGGUCAGUGCAGAGGACGGGCCCCAUGGAGGACCACAACUGGCCACAGUACUUCAGAGACCCCUGUGACCCAAACCCUUGCCAGAACGGAGGCAUCUGUGUGAACGUGAAGGGCAUGGCCAGCUGCAGAUGCGUCUCCGGACAUGCCUUCUUUUACACGGGGGAGCGCUGCCAGGCCAUGCAAGUACAUGGCAGCGUGCUAGGCCUGACCAUUGGCUGCAUCACUGGUUUGAUCUUCUUGACCUUGGUCGCAUGCUCCAGCACUUACCAAAAGCUGAGGAAGUGAGCAGCUACCUGCUGACAUCCGCCACACUGCAGAACGGCCUCCUCCAUCCAGACCUUCCUUCCUGUGGUCAGCGUACUUUGGGAUACUUUUUAUCAACCAUGUUUGAAAGGGGCCUCCAAAGCCAAAGCUACAAACCUCACAUGGGGCUCUUCCCUUUUCCAUCCCUGCACAGUUCUGUUGUCUUUCCGUGAAUUGCUGGUGGACCCAUUAUGUCCCAAGAUUGCAGUCAUUACAUUUAAUUAGAAACGCUUUGCUUGCUAGACUUUUUCUCCUUAAAUCACAAACGCUACUUGGAUAGUGGCAUGUUAUCAUCAGCUACCACAUUGGCCCCUGUGCUAGGGUGUGCCUGACAGGUGUAUUGUGGGUACUCGGUAAGUAUUGAAUGAAUGAACAAAUAAGUAAGUGAAUAGCUGUGGAAUAGUAAGUCUUUUGUUUCUAUUUCGUCUCAUAAAACAUAUGAUUAAAUCUAUGUGCAGGUGUAUUAGAACCAAAUACUCAGUUUUCACCAGACACAGGAGUCUGAUUGUUUAUUUAGUAUCUUGUGAGAUGAUUUCCAAGAUUCCCCUGUUCAGUUGGGUUUCCAUAGCGUGUGCUUUUUUUCUUACUCUGGUUUUAGGGAAGAGGCUUAAUAAACACCAAUAAAGAUA